AUGCAAAGAAUUGCUUCAUUAGCCCCCAACAAGCCAGGGCUGUUCAUGUACCCACCUGUAUUUAGCGAACAAGGAAUUGAGGAGCAAACCUAUGGCUUGUAUAUUUGCUUAGCCCAGUGUGGGAUAAGAGGAACUACUGCUCCCUGCAUCCAUGGCAAGUGCUUACACCAGCCUCUCCUACGCUGGUGUCCUCUGGAUGUUUUGGAGGACAACACAGCCGUGCUGGCUGGGGCUGAUGGGACUUGCAGACCAGAACAUCUGGAGAGCACCAGGUGGAGGAAGGCUGGUUUACACCAUCAUAGCGUGGCCCUCCUCACUCUGAGAUGUUUACGUGUGAGGCAUAUGUGA